UUAUAAUGGAACGAUUGUAGAGCGUAACCUCUAUAAUCUGAAGAGUAUGAGAUAGGAAAAUGUAAAUAAACAAAGAAAAAUAUGUAAAAUUUAAAAAUAAAAUGUCUAAAAAACGUCUUCUAAUUGAGUACAAACGCAAUAUAAAAAGCAUUAUAAAAUGUGCCAAGAACACUGGUUUAACAGACGAACAAAUUGAUGGAAUCGUUCGGGAAUCAUUUUCAGAAUUCAAAGCCAAAAGCCACCAAAAUGUGUUCAAAUCAUCAAUAUUGAAAAUAUCGAUCGUCGUCCUUUUAUCUUUAAGUGUUUUUAUGUAUGUUUUACUCAACGUUCACACCCCGACAUCUAGUGUAGUAUUGAGGAAUGUCCAGGGGCUCACCUAUCCAGCCCUAAAGUUCAUUAGGAUUUUAGCUGUGCCAAUCAUCAAACUUUUCCCAUCUGUAACAGAUCUUCAUGACGAAAGCUGUCUUAUUGAAAAUCCCUACUUUUACUUGUCCGACUUGGAUUGUUCCCCUUGUGAAAAUGUCUAUAAUGUAAUAGAUUUGACUGGAGUAGAAGGCAUUAAUGCCUAUAAGAAGGUGUUUGAAGGAGUCCCAUUUAUAAUCAAGACAAAUCAACCAGAAGUAUCAUUCAAAGAUCUUCAGCAGCUCUACAAAAAUUACACUGCCGAGUUAGCAAGUGAUUCUUCAAGACUGCAAACUCGCAACUUAGACGUGAACUCCAUAAAAGAUGUUCUCAGUUUAGAUGAGCACGCUCUGUCUCCCAAUGUGCAUAUCCAAUGGAGAGUCAAUAAAAUGGCUGCUGCUAGAAUUAUCAGAAAAGUGUUUCCACGGCCCCAUUUUUUUCCCGAGAGAACUGGUCAAGCUGUGGAGCGCUUUUUACAUGUGGAUGGAGCCAAUGCUGAGCCAUAUUCUCUACCGAAUCCCGAAUGCAGUUAUGUGUUUAUUAUCCAAGGGUCAGGAGAACGCACUAUUGCACUGAAACCCCCAAGAGAGUGUGCGAAGCACUGUAAAGCCAUCUCUGUACAUAUGGAGCCUGCAUAUGUUUUGCUUUACAAUUGGUGGUAUUGGCGGCCCGUGAGUCUUCCCGGUAGUGUCUACCCAAAUUUAUCCAUAUCGUACAUGAACUCGUACUGUUGAUUGCCACAUUAUAAGUAAAUUUUAUGUAAUUUCUGUUGAAACUUUUGUGAUUGUGUACUGUAGUUCAUAUCUAUAUGAAAUUUUCAAAUUUCGUAAUAGCCAAAAAAUAAAACCCAUAUCAGAAAAUAAAA